UUUCUGUGGUAAUGGAACUAAACCUACAAAACCAGAACAGCCAAACUUGUAAAACUCGAGCCAGUAGAAGACAUCUAUUAAAAGCACAAGCCCACAAGGAACUAAACAUAGGCUUGCUGUUGCCAUGCAUGGCUGCCUCUGUGUCAUUGCCUCCCUCCUGCAGAAGGUGGGGACACAGCCAGCUUUGUUUAUGGAAUCACAGCUCAGCCUCAAAUAACUGUGGGCAGGAAACUGUCCCUACCUCUGGGGCCCAUGAACUGAACUGCAGACCGUGUGUGUGCUUCAAGGCACCCAGAGACUGCUUCAGCUCCUUCUAAAAAACUUUAUGAAAGUUCCAUUAUCCAUGUAACAGUCCUUGAACAUGAACCAAAUGUGCAACCUCAGAAAAAUCAAUGAACUAACAGCCAAGUGUAUUGUGCCAAACCAAAGUGGUGCUCAGCCAAAUCUCCCGAAUGGGAAGCACUGACAGAUACACCCAGCAGCUGCAGCUACAGCCCCACCCCACUGCAGUAACUCAGCACAAGAACUUUGCUAAACUCCAGCAGAGUCUACAAAGCAGGGGGGAAAAUCCCUUUUAAGGAAGCAUUUCACAACAGUCAAGUUGUACAUGCCCAUUCCAUUCCCUUGGACGAAGGAAGCACAAGCUACAUACAUGGUUCUGUUCCUUUCCCUGUUCUGAGCUUCUGCACCAGUUGUUAGCCAAAAAUAAACCCCAUUCCACAACCAUAUAUGUGCAACAGCCUCCUGGUGAGUGUGAACCCCCUCCAGCACUGCUGUUACUCCACCCGGCCAAGACACUCUGCCACUGCUGCUGGGCAAUGCACAUAACCCAGCUCAACCGGGAAUGCCUUCUACAUCUCUUCUCUUUUCUGGACAAAAACAGUAGGAAAAAUCUGGCAAAAACAUGUCACAAGUUACUAGAAGUGUUUCAGGAUCCUUUACUGUGGUCUUUGUUGAACUUUCAUUCUCCAGUGGAACUAAAGAAGGAUAAUUUUCUCCUGGGACCUGCUUUAAAACACUUAUCCAUCUGCUGGUAUUCAGAGAGAGUCAAGGUGUGUAACAUUGAGGACUGGAUGAAAAACAGUUUCCAGAAAGACUUCUGUAAGAGGCAUGAGAACACUGUCAGUGAUUUUUUACUAGACGUUUGCAACAGAUGUCCAAAUCUGCUGUCUCUGACCCUCUCUGGAUGUGGCCAUGUUACAGAUGACUGCAUUUUGCAGCUUCUCAAGAACUGCCCGAACCUGAAGAGCCUCAAGCUGGAGAACUGUGUGCAGAUCACUGACCACACCCUGGAGGCAGUGACCCUCCACGGAGCAUCCCUGCGAACGCUCCACGUGGAUUUCUGCCGCAAUGUAACACAGGCUGGGCUAGAGAGAGUCAGGGAGAAGUGUCCUUCAGUGAUGCUGAGAGCAGACAGAAGUGCUAACAUGAUCCCAGACAGCAAGCCAGGAAAAAAGCUGAUGCUUGAAAAAGCAUCAAGAAAAUUGGUUCAGCUUUAAGGUGUGGGUAUUUUACCUCACUUAGGUAGCAAUGAACUGUCGCUACUUCCACAGGUUCUGGUCAAGUCCAAACAAACUGUUGUUUUGUAAAGGGAAAAGACAUGCAUCUCCUCCUGGAUGGGCUUCAGGAAAUAACUGUUUGCUCUCUGUUGUUCCUUGAAACUGGGAAACCCUGCAUUGCUGUCACAAAAUGCCAGAUCUGCUGAAAACUGCAGUUCUGGUACCCUCGUGCUGCAGAUGCCCUCACUCAGAAGAGGGAAGCAGCAGUGUGUUUAUUGAGGCCAAAUAAUUUGAUAGAGUUCAAUCAAUUUGAUGAACUUUUAAGACAGUUUAACUGUAGUUUGACACAGUGCAGUAAGUUUGACAGCAAGGUUCACUGACUGCAUGGAAGAAACACAGAGUGAACUGAGGCAGAAUGAGUCACACAGGGACCUGAGAACACAACAUUAAGAAAGAGCCUCCCUCUGGGUCACGAGGUUCAAACUGGACCCUACACUUUCAAAACUCCUUAUGUAAUGGCAAUAAAGCCACCACAGAGAGAGCCUGAGUCACUGGAGGAUUUUCACAAAUUUUAGGACAAGAGUGAUAUACAAACUUCUGUUAAAGGGUAUUACCUGACAGUCAUUCCAUCCUCCAAGGAGGAUAACCACUCCUGAAACAUCUUUCUAGCAAAAGCAGAGUACUGACCACCAGCACUUCCUUGGUGAUUAACAGUGGCAGCUAAUUUACCAGGCUUUUUUAUUUAAUGAGAGAAGCAUGGAUUCAAGGCACACAAAACACAGUUUGACCCUCUGCAUGAUGUACUUACAUAAAAAAAGAUGCACCAAGUUAUUUUUUAAAGCUGACUUUAAAGGAAGUGCAAUCUGAACGAGUGCUAAUUCAGAGAACUAACCCACAAGAGAAGACAGUGACUAAUAGGCUGUCUUUUAAUGCUAAAAAAGGAACACAGUACAGACCAGCUGCAUAUAAAUACCCAUUUCUCACUGCAAAGUCCAGAACCAGAAGCUAUUUUCAUCCCAAAGCACAAGGCUGUCCCCUUCCUGCACACUGCUCUGCUACCUAGAAGUGAAACUUUUUUUUACAUACUUUUGAUGCUGUGCCACCAUCUACAAAAUUUGACACCAAAGAGGCCUUUACAGCUCUCAACAUAACUGAAUAUACUUACUUUGCCUUCUGAUCCUGGUUAAUUGAUCCACAGAUAUACUUGGUAUUUCUCUAAUCUGGCUGAGGUAAGAAAUAAAUCAGAGCAUUACAGCAACUUAGUCAAACAACACUGCAAUUCUAGAGAAAUACUUGAUCAGUAUGAGCAUCUGUAAGAAACACUCACCCAGAAAACCAAUGAGGAAAUGAAAUUAUUCCACCUUCAUUACUUAGAGAUAUUUAACAGCAUGACACUGUAAAAGUGGUAUUUCAUUAAUUCCUUCCUAAAGUUCACGUAGGGUCCUUAUGCACCACAAGGUAAGGAAGAAAACUGGAAGUGCAGACAAGGAGACACAGCAAUCCUCACCCAGCACUGACAGCUAUGAAAGGACAUUGCUGAGCUGAACAAAUUUACUGUGAUGUGGAAAUUGGGAAGCUGACACAACUUGUACCUUGGAUACACUACAACAGCUCCACACACUGCUGACAAGCCAAAACAAGGCAUGAACUUGUAGAGUCACUGCAGCAAGCAAAGGCCUCCUCAUGCCACCAGCUCUCCCAGCACUCUGUGGUGAAAGACAUCUCUGUAGUUGUAACAGGAACAGAUUUGCAAGUAGCUACAAGAUAUGAAAGCACAUUUGCAUCU